UCAUCAAGCGAAGCGCGUCCGUUCUUUCGGCAAAAGUUUUUCCACCCAAAAAGUGUUGUGCAGGGAACCGGGGGACGACGGAAAAGACAACGCUUUCACCGGUCGGAUCAACAUGUCGCUAGUUUGCAGCAUUUCGAACGAAGUGCCGGAACAUCCGUGUAUAUCGCCCAAGUCGGGGGCCAUCUUCGAGCGGCGCCUGAUCGAGAAGUAUAUCGUCGAGAAUGAGUGCGAUCCAAUCAACGGACAGCCGCUGACGGCUGAUGAGUUGAUCGAUGUGAAAACUCCACCCAUCGUGAGGCCUAAACCACCGAGUGCUACCAGCAUUCCGGCCACGCUGAAAACCAUGCAAGACGAAUGGGAUUCACUGAUGCUGCACGCGUUCACUCAGCGGCAGCAGUUGCAAACGGCACGCCAGGAAUUAUCUCACGCACUCUAUCAACACGAUGCCGCUUGUCGUGUUAUAGCGCGUCUCAACAAGGAGGUAGCGGCCGCUCGUGAAGCGCUGGCUACGCUGAAGCCACAGACCGGUAUCUCAGCUAUACAGGCCGCUCCGCAGCCGGCGAUCGCUGCCGAGGCGGCCGGUGUUGCCACACAACCGGUGGAGCAGGCUGGUAUGAGCGCGGAAGUGAUCCAGAAGUUGCAGGAUAAGGCCACCGUGCUGACGCAGGAACGCAAGAAGAAGGGUCGCACGGUACCGGAGGAACUGGUAAGCCAGGAGAAGAUCCGUGGAUUCCUGACCCUCGCCUCUCAUCCGGGACUGCACUCGGCCAGUGUGCCCGGCAUUCUGGCGCUCGAUAUCAAUCAUUCCGAUCAGAGCAAAAUCCUUACCGGUGGUAACGACAAGAACGCGACCGUGUUCAACAAAGACACCGAGCAGAUCGUGGCCAUACUGAAGGGCCACACGAAAAAGGUCACGAAAGUGAUUUUCCAUCCGGAGGAGGAUACCGUAAUUACCGCAUCGCCAGAUGCUAGCAUUCGUGUGUGGCACGUUCCUACCUCACAGACGCAACUGUUGCUUCGCUGUCACGAUGAGCCCGUCACGGGAUUAUCACUACAUCCGACCGGCGAUUACGUGUUGUCUACUUCCUCCGAUAAGCACUGGGCAUUCUCCGACAUCCGUUCCGGUCGUCUGCUGACAAAGGUGGCCGAUACAGCCGAUUACGGACUUACGACGGCACAGUUCCAUCCCGAUGGACUUAUCUUUGGCACGGGCACGGAAGAUUCGCAAGUGAAAAUCUGGGACUUGAAGGAGCAAAGCAAUGUGGCCAACUUUGCCGGCCACACCGGACCGAUAACGGCGAUUUCGUUCUCGGAAAACGGAUACUAUCUGGCCACGGCUGCCGAUGAUGCGUGCGUGAAGCUAUGGGAUUUGCGAAAGCUGAAAAACUUCAAAACCAUCCAGCUCGACGAUGGGUACGAGGUGAAGGAUUUGUGUUUCGAUCAGAGCGGAACUUAUCUCUCCAUUGCAGGAACCGAUAUACGUGUCUACCUCUGUAAGCAAUGGCAGGAAUUGAAAGUGUUCAAUGAUCAUACGGCGCUCGCAACGGGCGUUCGGUUCGGAAAGCACGCCCAGUACAUCGCCUCGACGAGUAUGGAUCGCACGCUGAAGCUGUACGGUAUAGAAUAGAUCGCAUUUUAGCGCGAUCGUGCGUUUCUGGGAAUGUGCGUGUGUGUGUGUGUACGUGUAGUUUAUAAUAUGUGACCCAACAAUUCAUGCAGUCUCUUUAACUAAUCAGAACUCGUUUCAUAAUCCACAAAUAAAAAUGCAAACGGA